AAGUCGUUGCCAAACUCGCUCUUCUUCAUGUUUUUUUAAAUGACUGUUAUUUGCUAAUAUUUCUUUCCUCUAGACGACUGCGUUUACGAAGGUGCACAAUAGUUACUUUAAUGGGGAGCUUUCUAGCGACAUGCCGACAAAAAAGGCUCCAGACAGGAAACCAGACAGGAGAUAGACAGCCACAGGAGUCCAGACAGUACCCACUUUCGACAGGAAAUGCACCGUCAAGAGCAGAAAGACAAUGGAUUUAUCAACCGGAAUUGUUGGAAAGCGCACAUGUUCCUUAUUUUCUCAAGACUGGACAGCCUGCAGAUGAACGGAAAAACACUGCCCUUAAGCAGCGCAAUACUCUACUGGAAUCUCACUGCCACCACGUGGAAUCAAUCGAGCCUCCCGAUUCAUCGCCAGAGCUUAAUAAUGGGCUGGAUGAUUUUUUAUUCCCGAUUGCACGAGUUCUGGUCAAGGCCUGUUCAGAAGCCGCCGCGAUCGGUGAUCAAGGAUGUCGGACAAGGGCGCUCGGUUGUUCCGUUCUCGAUAAUGCCAGUUCCGAUCCUUUCGCUUUUUUGAAAUAUUCACACCAAGGUUGUCAAACGUGCCACGCAGCUCACGCACCAGGCGUCACUCGAGCAUUUGAUUUGAUUAGCGAACUGUGUAUGGGUUCGGCUACUAAUGUUCGACUCCUGGACGAAACACUGGCACUGUUUUACGCCGAUGCUCCAUCCAUUAUCGGUUGGGAGCAUAGUUACUGUCCGCCGGUUGCACCGCAUGGUUUUGUCGGCUUAAAAAAUGCCGGAGCCACCGGCUAUAUGAACUGUGUGCUGCAGCAGCUCUUCAUGAUACCUAGUCUGCGCGAUGUCGUGCUGACAUUCCAUGACAUGACCUUUCUGUAUGGUGCGGAUGAUACAAAGAGAAUAUGUGAUACAUCGAGUCCUUCAUUAGGGGGAACAGCUGCGCAGGAAUACAAUACUGGAUUGAUCAAACAUUUGCAGGGGAUCUUCAGACAUCUGGCUUAUAGCAAGCAUAAGUUCUACACUCCAGCUGAAUUCUGGAAACAUUUCCGGCUUGAUAAUGAGCCGAUAAACCUGAGAGAACCGCAUGAUGCCAUGCAUUUCUACAACUGCGUUGUGGACAGCGUGGACGAGGGACUAAAGUCAAUAAAAAAGACGCCAUUCAUGAGUCGCAUUUUUGGUGGGAUCUUUGCUGAUCAGAGAAUCUGUCGAGAUUGUCCGCAUCGUUAUUCUCGCGAACUACCAUUUACUUCGUUGUAUGUUGACAUCCGAAUUUCCCAUACUCUGCAAGAUGCCAUAGAGCUAUACGUAAAAGGAGAUCUUUUGGAAGGCGUCAAUGCUUAUGAAUGUGAAAAAUGUAAACGCAAAGUAGUGGCAAAAAAGCGGUUCUGCAUAAAAAAACUACCGCCAGUCCUGACUUUCCACUUGAGGCGAUUCGAUUACGACUGGGAGCGCGAAGAGCCAAUUAAACUUAAUGACUAUUUCGAAUUUCCACGCGAGAUUGACAUGGAGCCGUACACAGCAGCCGGUUUAGCCAAACGCGAAGGUGAGGAAAUUCCUGGAGACGAAUCUGAUGAAUACUCCACUGAAAAACAUCUGGCGGAAUCUCCAAUCGACAAACAACAGCAAAUAAUCGAUACUAACUACAGACUUGUUGGCAUUGUUAUCCAUUCUGGUACUGCAACUUGGGGUCAAUACUACUCAUAUAUUUUGGACCGAAACGGGCAGAAGUGGUAUUUUUUCUCUGAUGAGAGCGUGACUGAGAGCACAUUAGAUGAUGAUAAGGAGUUGAAAAAGCAGUGUUUCGGAGGUGGACAUCCAAAUUCGUCGACUUUGAAAACAAGGAGUGCUUAUAUCUUAUUCUACGAGCAUUGUGGCCAAAGUAUGCCGACGAAGAGCAAUCAUCCUGGUUUUCCUAUUUCUACCUCGAUAGGCUCCAGAGUGUUGCACUUAAUCCCAGUAAAUCAGCGUACGGUAAUACUGAAGGAAAACUUAAAUUUUCUCUACAAUCGAGCUGAGUUUGUCCCGGAAUACUUCGAAUUCUUCAAGAAAUUCUUGCGGAAUGCUGCAGAGUUAGUUAGUGCACCUGUGGAUCCGAUCCGUGAUGAGCAGCUAGCGGCGAAACCGGGUGUUAAGUCGGCACAGAUUGACGAAUUUGCCGUAGCUGUUAUCCAGUUUUCAGGGAAAAUCUUGUUUGAUGUGGUGUUCCGUAUGCAUUUUGAUGUGCGCGGUGAAGUUAGCGAACUGACAGACAGCUUCGUGAGAAUUCUUAAAGUGACUUUCGCUGGCCGACAACACUUCACUGAACGUAUCUUGCUGAAAACACGACAUAGGAUCUUUGAUCGAGCAGAUUGUCCGUGUCCGCCUUCAACGUUACAAGUUGCUCGUGAUGUCGGCUAUGAAUUCUCACAAGAGCUCACUUCUUUGGGUGACCUUAUCUUUUCUUGCUGUAUGAAUCUGCUGGAAUGGCAGGAAACGGACUAUUAUGCACGACAGCUGGAUCAGUAUUUCGGGAUGAUUCAUGAUUUAGCAGCUAGUGGGUCGGCUGAACAGACUCUGCCUAAUCCAUAUGCGAUCCGUAUGGAUGGUGAGUAUGCGAUCACAGCUUCCCCGGAACUCGUGCAGCAAACUUAUAUGACCGACGGCUUUCUGAAAAAGUUUGUCGAAGAAUGUCUUGCUAUGGAAGAAGUGCGCCAAAUGAUUAAGUUUUUGUCAUGGGAGAAUUCCAACUUCACCGUCCGGAUACUAUGUAAUUUGUUGACCGCUUUGGAUGACCAGAGGGCUCAAGACUGGCCUACCUUAUUGGAUUUUUGUUUUUCAUUUAUCAGCUUGGAGGAUUCGCUCAUUAAUAUGCGUGUCGAUAGAUUUUUAACGGCACGAGAUAUGGAACAUUCCGAAGGAUUUCUAUCAAUCAUGUUGCGGCAUCGCAGCUUGUAUCCUCGCCGAGCUUAUUUGUACUUCAAAACUUUAUGGCGCUUCUUGUUGUCCCAUCUAUACACGCCACAGGAAUCCGUGCAAGCUGCCGAUUUAGCGGGAUGGCGGACUUCCUUAGACGGCGAAAUAAAACUCACUGUAACCAUGAUGUGCGAAUGGCUUCAACAAGAAAUCAAAAGUGGUUACUCGACGUAUUGCGACAGCUUGAAUAAUCCGAUUAUUAGCAGUGAUGAAACCUGGAAAGGGCUUAUGUUUGAGCGGACAGCUUCCGCUAAGGACUUGCUGGAGAACAUCAUAGAAAGCUUACCAGAGGAUGCCUUAUUGAAGAUAAAUAAUCAAGCUGGUAGUCCACCAGACGACGAGAAAGAAGAAACGAACAAAGCUACUGCUUAAACCGGCAAUGAAAAAGGCACGGAAGUGGGCUGAAUCACAGCCUGAAUGUUGGCGUUGCUGGACAACAUGCAUUUUGCAGGAGGAAGAGGACAUCCCAGUACGUAGUCCUGCGGAUGAAUUAUUUGCGCUCAAAGUUCAAACGCCUUACGGUCUAUGUGAAAUGGAGAAAGGCUCCGAAAUAAUUGUGAAGAAGGUUUGCGGUUUGUUUUCAUUUGAUCAGCCUUAGAAUGCAGUUUUUUAGCUUCUUCCUCCGCUUAUGUUGGUUUUUGCUUUUGUUUAGUAUAAUAAUGACAGGCUAACCUGGAAUCACUAAUGUUUAGCUUGAUGAGCAGGGUGGUCAAGUGCUUUUUGUUUGUUUUUGGCUGGACAGAUCUUGGUGAUUAUCUGGUGAUAUACGUACCAUACAAUUGCAAGGGCUUUUUUAUUGCUGCUAACUGAAACAUGAAAGUAAUUUUUGCGGUGCUGGUGCAUCCAGUUUCGUCGUUGUAUAGUAACUGAUUUAUAUUAAUUUAUUAAACAGGUGAAACAAAAAGUGAG